AUGUUGGCAAAUUUGAAUGUCCAAGAGACGGAGAGCGAUUGGUUUGAGUUAUAUGAUAAUUGUAGGAUUUCCGUUUCUUGGACCAGUCGGGUGUGGAAUGAACUCGAUUGGGGUCGUAAGGGAAGAAGAGAACUAUUGAAGCAAUUUGGUAAGAACGGCAAGGAGACGAGCAGUGGUGGUACCUGA